AUAUGUAUUACAACAACUACAUCUGCAAGGUUGGAGCAGAUUUUGGAAUGGAUUUAUUAUCACAAGGUUAUUGGCGUUUCAACUUUCUUCAUUUUUGUUGAAGGGAAGGCCGCAUCUCCUGCAGUAUCCAAAGUUCUUCAAUCCAUUCCGGGAGUUAAAGUGAUACAUAGAACCAAAGAAAUGGAGGAACAACAAGCUAAGAGUCGAGCUUGGAAUGAAAGCUGGUUGUCGAUUUUCUUGUAUAAGCCUUGCAAUUAUGAGUUGUUUGUGAAGCAAAACUUAAACAUGGAGAUGGCGAUAGUUAUGGCAAGGGAGGCAGAUGUGGACUGGAUUCUUCAUCUGGAUACUGAUGAAUUGAUGCAUCCAGCUGGUGCUCGAGAAUAUUCUCUAAGAGAACUGUUGAGUGAAAUGCCUGCAGAUGUGGACACGGUUGUUUUCCCAAACUAUGAAAGCAGUGUUGAACGAGAUGAUAUCCAGGAUCCUUUCACGGAGGUGUCGAUGUUCAAGAAAAAUUAUGACCAUUUGACUAAAGCUACUUACCAUGGCAUGUAUGAAGAAUCAGCCCGUGGCAGCGCAAACUACUUUAUGACAUAUGCUAACGGAAAAUCUGCUGCUCGUAUACAAGACCAUCUUCGGCCUCAUGGUGCACACAGAUGGCAUAAUUACAUGAAAACUCCAAAUAAAGUGAAAGUGGAAGAGGGUGCAGUGUUACAUUACACAUACGCCAAAUUUUCUGACUUGACUUCUAGACGAGACCGAUGUGGCUGCAAGCCCACAAAGGAGGAUGUGAAACGAUGCUUUAUGUUGGAAUUUGAUAGAGAUGCAUUUAUAAUUGCUUCAACUGCAACAAACGAAGAGAUGCUAAAUUGGUAUCGAGAACAUGUUGUGUGGACUGAUCGAACACUCAAUUUAAAAUUGUUACGGAAAGGAAUCUUAUUGCGCAUCUAUACUCCCAUGACUAUCAUCCAAGGCCUAAGAGAAUCCGGUAUAUUUGGAUCCAUCAUUGCUUCUGCUCAAGGGUCUUUAUGA